CAAAAUACAUGUUCAUUCUCCUAGACUCCUCAUUUGCUUGUUCAGAUUCUUACUAGUAGGAUAGUUUUUCUUCCAUCGAAGCAAAGUAAGGUUUAGAUCUUCAGUUUUGAGUGAAAAUUGUUGAAUUCUAUCUGCGUGAUUAGGUCACACUAAUUAAGAAUGGAAAGAGGAGACUCAUCAAUUUCUACAGCUUCUGAAGAAGAUUGGAUCAGCAACUUGCCGGAUUCUCUAAUCCAUCACAUCCUAUCUUUCCUGAGCGACACCACGUAUUCCGUUCAGACUUGUGUUUUGUCUAAAAGAUGGCGAUAUAUCUGGACUUCUCUGCCGGUGCUGAAAUUCAGUGACAAAUUUAAUGAUUCAGAUGAUGAAGACGAUGAUUAUGCUGAUCGGGAAGACAUGAACCACUAUAUGAAAUUUGUCGACAAGGUACUGAGUCUCCGUGACGACAACUCUGAUAUACAAAUGUUUCAUUUUGAAUUUUCUCCAUCUUAUUACUGGCCUGAUGAGAAAUCAGAAAGAUUUGUAAAUAGAUGUAUGGCCGCUGCGGCCAGCCAUAAUGUUCAGGAAUCAUGCAUUAAGAUUAAACUUCACUGCGAUUUUGAGUUUCUUCGUUUGAUAAGUACUUGUAAAUCGUUGACGAAACUGGAGCUGGAAUUGUCUGGUUAUGACGAUGGUGAUUAUAACAACUGCUUCGUCAUUCGCAUACCUCGUGAAAUAAGUUUCCCUAGGCUCGAAUCGUUGUGUAUGAACCUUGAAUUUUUUCCAUUUGAAGACGAGGAAUCGACGAAUAACUUCUUUUCGAGUUUUCCUAAUCUAGAGUCGUUGGUGAUAGUUUUUCGGGGUUGGAGCAGUGGAUUUCGUGAUAUGAAUCUUACAAUUUCUUUGCCUAAACUCAAGUAUUUCAGCUUCAAGGUUGAGGAUCAGGGUUAUGAAAUCAAUAGUGUGAUUAAACUGUAUGCACCAAGUCUGUCAUCCUUCAUUUUUGAAAGUGACAUGGUAACAAGUUUCAUUGUAGAGAAUCUUCCAUCUCUAGUCACUGCUGAUAUUAAGAUAUGCGCUGCGACGAGAGGUGAAGAAAAAGAAUUUUAUGCCCAACGCAUGAUGGGACUUUUGGGAGGGAUUCAUUCUGUGAAAGUCUUGACUUUAAAUUUUUCUUUCCUCAAGAAUUUGGAGCUCCGGACCUGCCUUUUGAGAGACUGCCUGCGUUGGGUAUUCUAUAUACUUAAGAGUUCUCCUAAUAUAGAAUCUGUUUCCCUGCGGAUAUCACAGCAUCGUGACGAGCCCCCAUUGGAUGAAUAUCGUAAAGUGGUAAAAUUUAAUCCAGAGAACAUAGGAGGAGACUACUUGGAUGCAGAGUCAUCUUUGUCGUGCAUGAUAUGUCACCUAAAGUUUGUGGAGAUUAAUGAUCUUUGUGGAUGUGCUGAUGAACUGAAGUUUUUAGAGAUAUUGUUGAAGCAUGCCACUGUCUUGGAGAAAGUGGUACUUGCCAGUAAUUCAACUGAACAAGACUUCCAACAGAAGAAACGGAUGGCGAAAUUUAGUGAGAUGCUGCUAAAAGUUCCUACAGCCUCAAAGAAAAUCCUUAUCUUGUUAAAAUCCUGAGUGCUGUCGGAUGGUCUAUGAAUUUGCAGAAUAGUAGAAGUGCUUAAGAAGUGCCUCCUCAUGGUACACACAGGACUGGAAGUCAUCUAGCUAGUACUAGUAGAUGAUUGUAGUUCGGACCUUCCAUGUGAAAGAUAGGUCCUACCUGGCAAUGGGUAAUUUUGUUUGUUCAGACUUGUGAGUUGUGACUAUCUUAACUUGCGAUUUCUCAACAGGAUACAUGACGUCCAGAGAUCAAAUCUGCAUGGUGGAAUAAAACAAAAGUUUUGCAC